AUGGAAGCUCGUCCAAACUCAAUUUAUGGAGGACGAAAAGGUCAAUUAUGUACACUUCAAUUUUUACCUGCACUUCAAAUAAUCACAAUGCCUGAAGAUACCAAACCUGAAGAUCUUGUUACUCGUCUUCAAAUCACUGGUACAUCAUCAGAAAUAGCUACUCGACUUGUUUAUAAUAGUUCUGAUGUAAAAACAAAUGGAACUGAUUAUUUUACAUUAAAUUUUACAGAUCUUUAUUUACGUUAUUCUCUUGAUUAUGAAUGGUGGACAUCAAUUAAUAAUCCAAAUCCAUUUCGUUUCAUUGUUGAAUGUAAAAUACUAGCUAAUCAAUCGAUUUAUAAUAUCGACUUUCAACUUGACCUUAUCGAUGUAAAUGAUAAUCCACCAAAGUUUAAUCAAUCUUUAUAUAGAAUAGAUAUAUAUGAAACAACAUCAAUUGGUACAAUUAUACCAACAUUAAUAUCUGCUUAUGAUAUUGAUUCUGGUAUAUAUGGAACAUUUUCAUAUUAUUUAUUAAGUAAUUCAUCAACAUAUAUAUCUUAUUUUCAAUUAGUAAGUUCAACUAAUGCAAGUCUAGUUACAAUGAAACCAUUAGAUUAUAAUUCAAUGGUACCAAAUUUUAAUUUAACAAUCAUUGUACAAGAUAAUUUAAAUGCAUCUCUUUCUUCUCAAGCAAUUAUUUCUAUACAUAUUAUUGAUGUUGAUAAUUUAAGCCCGACAUUUCUAUCUGUAUCGUACAAUGUUAAUAUUUCAAUUACUACAAUAAUUGGAAGUCAAAUAACACCAAAUGAAGGUGGAAUAUUUGCUUAUGAUCAAGAUUUAGGUAUCAAUGCAACUAUACUUUACUCUAUAUUAACAUCAAAUAUUUAUUUAUCAAUUGAUAAUUAUACAGGUGCUGAACAAAUUGAUAAUAAAAAUCGAUCGGUCACUACUAUUUUACAUGUUAAUGUAUAUGAAUUAAAUAUUUAUCCGCCAAGUUUUCUUAAUCUACCUUAUAUUAUGACUGGUUAUGCAACAAAUAAUCUUAAUCAAAUACCAAUAUUUAAUGGUAGUAUAAGUGAUAAUGAUACGAUGCCAAGAUUGAAUUAUGUUUACACAUGUAAUACAUCAUUACUUAAUUUGAAUAUUAAAAACAUCAAUGUUCGUGAUUUUCAAAUUCAACCAAUUUAUUCUCAAACUCCACCAACAUGUCGGCCUUGUUUAUGUACUCUUAAUGUAUCCGAUGGAUUAUAUUCGACUCAAACAAAUCUUACAAUUUUCCUGUACACUCCAGUUUCAUUUUCAAUGAAUUCUUAUCUUUUCUCAACAGAUUAUUCACUUAAUAAUCCAUCGAUUAUCAUUGGCAGUGUACAGGUCACCAUUGAUAGUCUUUGUUCAGUGCAAUAUUCUCUUGUUGGUCAAUCAAGUUCUUUAUUUUCCAUUUCUCAAACAGGUAACAUAACAUGGUCCAAUCCAUCAAAUCUUCCAACACAAGAAGCAUAUAAAUUUCAAGUUAUUGUUAAACAAAAUUGUUCAUCAAUAGUCAUGAAUAUAUCUACUGAUAUUAUCAUUACUAUUCGUAAUUUUCCUUCAUCUGUUUUAACAACAACAAUAAGUUCAUCGAGAAUUGAUAAUAGCACAAUAUAUGCUAUUAUAGGAGGUGUUGGUGCAUUUAUUCUUAUUGUAAUUGCUAUUCUAUUUAUUAUUAUUUAUUAUCGUAUUCAACGUGCUAAACAUCGUGUUCCACCAUUUUUUAAAAUUCGAAAACAUUCUCCUGCACAAGGUUUAUCAUUUUUCAAAUCAAAAAGUCCUCUGAGUAAUUCAUCACCAUAUACAUUAGGUGUACGUGAUGAUGAUUCAUCAAAUAGUAGUACUGAUCAAAUAUCAUCAUCACCAAUAAAUAAUCGUCUUUUAUCUGGACAUUAUAAAGUUAGUGAACUACCAGUGAAUACAACUAUUGAAGAAUUAUUAUCAUCAUAUGAUAAUCGUUCAACAAGUAGUUCAUCUAGUUCAUCUGGUGUAGGUGAUCAUGGUAUAUCAACAAAUAUAGGUGCAUUUCGUACAACAAUACGUGAAACUAAUGAUCCUCAACAAUUGGAUACAAUUAAUGAAGAUAUACAAUGGGUUAAUAGUAAUCAACAACAACAACAAAGACUUCUAAAUGGUUUAAGACAUCAAAUUAUACCUGAAGAUUCAAUGGAUAUUAUAUCUGAAUCUCAUGAGUCAUCAAUCAGCGGUGCUGCUGCCGACAAUGGAACAUCGUCAUCAACAUUACAUCAACAAUUCAACACGAGAAACAUUCUCAGUCGAAAUUUAAACGAAUAUUUAACAGUAUUUGUAUAA